AUGGAUAUCUCCCUCGUCCUGGGGCCGCCUCCGCCGGGGACCGACCUCAGUGAUAAUCGUACCCCGAAGGAUAAUGCCGUGGUCAUUACCGUCUCUGUUCUGGCUAUCAUUAUAGUGGCUCUCCGCUUCUUUGUCCGAGCCAGAAUCCAAAGGUCGAGGCUGGAAAUCGAUGACUGGCUGAUUUCAGCUACUUUGAUUCCACUCAUCGCACUACUGAUAAUGGCUCUGAUUGGAGGCGAAUACGGUCUAGGAAAGCAUGUCUGGCGUGCAUCUAUACAGGGCAUGGUCAAGAUGAAAAAGAUCCUCUUCGCCUAUCUGUUAGUAUACCUUCUCGAACUGUUCAUGAUCAAGAUCUCGAUCCUGAUGUUCUACCGCCGCAUUUUCGGGAUGAACUGGAUGACAUGGGCUUGUCUCUUUUGUGCCUGCGGCUGGAUGAUCGGGAGCACAAUAGCCGUCCUGACUGCUUGUCAGCCCAUCGCAUACUUCUGGACAUCCACCGUGAAUCCCUACAGCGGACAUGAACGCUACAACUUCUACUACUAUUAUAUUGGAAACGGAGCCGCCAACGUUGUCACCGAUUUCCUGAUUCUGCUGGUACCUCUGCCGAUUGUGUGGAGGCUUCAUAUGCGGACUAUCCAGAAGGUCAUGGUGUGCAGUGUAUUCCUGCUUGGUGGAUUUGUCUGCGUCGCCAGCAUCGUCCGUCUCCACUUCCUAACCUUCCUGGACGACGACGUCGACAUCACCUGGAACAUGGGCAACGUCUACGUAUGGUCGACCGUCGAAGCGUGUCUCGGCAUCGUUUGCGCCUGUCUCCCAACUAUCCAACCAUUCCUGCGCUCCGUCCUCAGAAUGUUGCCCGGCCUGACAAUGGGGCAGCCUCUUGUUUGUUCACGAAAGGUCAUCUCGCAUUCUCGCCGCCGACCUCGUGCCGGCAAGCGCGCCAGCAAUGACCAUGGACUGCAGACGAUGGGGGGCCGCAGUGACUCGAAGCCGAAUAUGUGGGAUGGCGAAGACGACGAGGCUAUUCUCACUACCCGCGUAGAGCCGGAUCACUUCCACAGAAAUAAAGGUCUGGAAGAUGAAUUUGGCUUGAUGUCUAUUAGAGUCAAGCAUGAUUUCCAUUGGACUGUGGAUCCAUUGAAAUGA